UGAAUAAAAAAUAGCGACGCCGACGACCAACCAAACACAGCAGAACUCAAAGAUGCUCAUUAUUUGUUCGACUUUUCUUUGCUGUCUCUAGAACACCAGAAGUCCACCCACCAAUUUCUCUCUCUCUUUCUGAUUACAGCAUCUGAAUUUUGUGAUUGAGAGGGAGAUAGAAUGUCUAGCGGAGGCUCACAAAAUAGCUUGAGGAAAGCACUGGGCGCCCUCAAAGAUACCACCACCGUUUCAUUGGCUAAAGUCAAUAGUGAUUAUAAGGAAUUGGAUAUUGCUAUUGUUAAGGCCACAAAUCAUUAUGAACGCCCAGCUAGGGAAAAAAACAUCAGAGCAAUUUUCGCUGCCAUUUCAGCUACCAGGCCUCGGGCUGAUGUCGCCUACUGCAUCCAUGCUCUUGCAAGGCGGUUGUCAAGGACUCAUAAUUGGGCGGUUGCUUUGAAAACUCUUAUUGUCAUUCAUCGUGCUUUGAGGGAGGUGGACCCUACGUUUCAUGAAGAACUCAUUAAUUAUGGAAGAAGUAGAAGCCAUAUGCUUAACAUGUCUCAUUUCAAGGAUGAUUCCAGCCCAAACGCUUGGGAUUAUUCUGGAUGGGUUCGCACUUAUGCCUUAUUUUUGGAGGAGAGGCUGGAAUGUUUCCGUGUCUUGAAGUAUGAUAUUGAGAUGGACCGCCCAAGAACCAAAGAUCUAGACACUGCUGAGUUGCUUGAGCAGCUGCCUGCUUUGCAACAGCUUCUUUUUCGUGUUCUUGGUUGUCAGCCACAAGGUGCAGCUGUUCAUAAUUUUGUUAUCCGGUUGGCACUUUCAAUGGUUGCUUCGGAAAGUGUCAAACUUUAUCAAGCUAUUAGUGAUGGUACAGUCAAUCUUGUAGACAAGUUCUUUGAGAUGCAACGCCCUGAUGCUCUGAAGGCUUUGGACAUAUACAGGAGGGCUGGCCAACAGGCAGAGAGGCUUUCAGAAUUUUAUGAAGUAUGUAAAAGUCUGGAUGUAGGGCGUGGGGAAAGGUUUAUAAAGAUAGAGCAGCCCCCUGCAUCAUUUCUACAAGCCAUGGAAGAGUAUGUAAGAGAAGCUCCACGGUCUUCAGCAGUUCGUAAAGAUCAGAUUGACAAACCCAAGGAAGUGUUGGCCAUUGAGUACAAGAAAACCCCAGAGGUGGAGGAGAAACGUUCGCCAUCACCUCCUCCUCCUGAACCGAAAAAAUUGGAGAAAGUGGAAGAACCUAUUGUUGAACAACCUGAUUUGUUGAAUUUAAACGAUCCUGUCCCAGUUGCUUCGGAGUUGGAUGAGAAGAAUGCCCUGGCAUUGGCUAUCGUUCCUGUUGAGCAAACAACUACUGCUGCUCCACCUCUUCAAGCAAAUGGUACUACAGGCUGGGAAUUAGCACUUGUCACUGCUCCAAGCACAAAUGAAAGUGCUACUGCCGCUAGCAAACUGGCCGGAGGACUCGAUAAGCUUACAUUGGACAGCCUUUACGAUGAUGCAAUCAGAAGAAGCAACCAGAACGUUAGCUAUAAUCCAUGGGAACCACCUACUAUGUCUGGUGCUAUGAUGCAACAACCAGCGCACGAUCCCUUUUAUGCCUCCAACAUGGUUCCCGCUCCGUAUUCAGUCCAGAUGGCAGCAAUGGCCAAUCAGCAGCAGGCUUUUAUGUAUCAGCAACAGCAACAGAUGAUGAUGAUGGCAGCACCACAACAGCAGCCUUCAAAUCCGUUCAACAAUUACGGAACCCCCGUCCACCCUUACAACUCAGGUAUGCCGGUUCAACCGCACAAUCCAUAUGCAGGCAUGAUGUAGAUGCUUCGCAUGUUUUAUAUUUCUAAGCACAGGAAAGAAGGAAAAAAAGGCGAAACUCGUCGUCAGUUGUGAAAUUUGAGCUUGGGAAGAAUGCUUGAAGAAUAGGAAAUUUGUGUACCAUAUGUUGUGAAUGUGCCCUAGUUAGCUGGAUUAAGAUUCAUUAUUAAAUAUUAAGAGAGAGAGGGAGAGCAUUUUGUUAUUGAUUGUUUUCAUUGAUCAAAGUUGGUAAUAAUGCGAACACACUUGGUAACUUUCUUUAAAACCUGUUUCUUAAGUGUUGAUACUGAAUCAGGAGCUUUCAUCCUUACUGUUUCUUUCAGGAUUGCCCCCUUGUUGA